CAUUGAUUGUAGGGUGAUACUUAUUGUAAUACAUAGUCCGGUUCAUUCCGAAUCGAAAUGAUUUCGUCAAAUUUGUUUAUUGCGUUUUUGUGUGGUUUACUAUUGAUCCUAGUAAAAUGGUGUUACAAACAUUACAGAAUUUUGAAACACAUGUUGAAGUUUCAAUAUCCGAAGGAUACUACCACUCUUUUUGGAAACAUGCAUGUCCUCGUUAAAACCGCAGAUGUUAUUCAUCAAUCAUUGAGAAAUUAUGCAAAAGAAUUUUAUCCGCACUAUAGACUGCGCAUAUUGCACUCUAUAUCUGUUAAUAUAGUGUCACCUGAGGACUGUGAGAUUUUCAUGAGUACUAAAAAACAUUCAACUAAAAGUGAAGUUUAUGAUAAUUUGAAGAACUGGUUGAAAGAGGGGUUGCUCCUGUCAAGUGGAGAAAAAUGGACGGAAAGAAGAAAAAUCUUGACGAAUGCAUUUCAUUUCAACAUUUUAAAAGAUUUUGUCAAUGUUUUCAAUGAGGGAACUGCAAACACAGUGGAUUUGAUAUCAACGAAAUGUUCAGAACCCAUUGAAGUCGGUCUAAUAGUUGCGGAAUUCACUCUCAAAAGCAUAUGUGAAACUGCUAUGGGUUACAAAUUGAAUACACAAGAAGAACACUCGAGAAAUUACAUAAAGGCGGUACACGAAAUCGAGAAAUUAUUUCUACAUAGAAUGAUGAGACCAUGGCUUCAAAUACCACUUAUUUAUUGGUUCUCCCCCAUAUCUAGAACAGAAGCCCAAAAGCUGAAGGUUCUGCAUGGAUUCACUAGAGCAAUAAUCAAAAAACGUAUGGAUUCGUUUGAAUGUGAUGUAAUUUCUUCCCAAUCCGAUGAAAGAUCAGAAGACAAACUUCAAAAUAAAACAAAGCGACGACGACUGGCAUUUCUUGAUGUUUUGCUGCAAGCGAGGGCACUUGAUGGAUCAAUAGAUUAUGAAGGGAUUUGCGAAGAAGUUGACACUUUCAUGUUUGAAGGUCAUGAUACAACAGCGGCAGCUAUAGGUUUCUGCCUGAUGUUGAUUGCAAAUCAUCCUGAAGUUCAGGACAACAUUGUGGAUGAAAUGAUGAAAGUAAUGGAUGGAAAAACGACUAAUCCAAAUUAUGAUGAUCUGCAGAAAAUGGAAUAUAUGGAAAGAUGUAUCAAGGAAACUCUGAGGCUUUAUCCAAGUGUGUUUUUCAUUUCAAGAAUUGCGGAUGAAGACACUGUAUUGAAUUCGGGAAUGUUGGUCCCAAAAGGAACACUCGUACAUAUACAUAUUUACGACGUCAUGAGGAAUCCAGAGAUUUUUCCUUCUCCUGAUAAAUUUGAUCCCGAUAGAUUCUUACCAGAAAACUGUCAACAUAGACAUCCUUUCGCAUAUAUUCCGUUUAGUGGUGGUCCAAGGAAUUGCAUUGGUCAAAAAUAUGCCAACCUGGAAAUCAAAGCUUUUCUAUACGGAGUCCUUAGAAAAUUUAAGCUAACACCUGUAGAUACUCCAGAAUCUCUUGUGCUAAAAUCAAAUCUAGUACUCAGAGCUGACAGAAUCAGAAUGAAAUUCACACCCAGAAAUCAAGAAUAGCAUAUUACAGUUAUGAAUAAAUAAUUGUUAGUUAGUAAUUAAUAUUUCAAUAUACAUAUACUACAAU